GAAAAAUUUUAUAGUUUUGCUACUGUAUUUUCAGAAAUAUGAGAAGAAGUGCUAUUAGCAGCUGGCAAAACAUUUUAGGAAACAAAGUAUCAUUGGAAGAAGAAAAGAUUCUGUCUCUGCUGAAAAAAGUCGACAUGGCGAGCCAGCAGUUUGUAGAAACUGCCCAUGCAAAGAUCUACAGCGCUCACAGACCUGAUGUCCCGCCAGAAAUAGCGGAGAAAAGUGUGAAUUUCCUCAAAGAAAAGUUCGAUGGUAACCUAGAUAUCGCCGUAGAUGUUGGGUGCGGAUGUGGACAAAGUAGCGUCAUCUUAGCUCCUUUCUUCAGCCAUGUAUAUGGAUUGGACGCUAGUGAAGCACAAAUUCAGGAAGCUAUAAAGAAUCGGGCUUGUUCUAAUAUCCAUUACAGGGUGCAAGAAGCGGAAAACUUGCCUUUCGAGACAUGUUCUGUGCAACUCGUGACUGCAUGCGCUAGUCUGCACUGGUUCAAUCUGGAACUAUUUUUUAAUGAAGUGAGAAGAAUUUUGGUGCCUGGAGGAGUGUUGGUCGUCUAUACUUACCACAGCUUGCGUCCUUUUUUUGAUUGCCCAUUAAAGAUGAAAGAAGUUAACUGUCUCUAUAAUCAGAUAUACGAAGAGCUCUAUCCAUACUGGCCAAAAGAGGUUCAUUUGUCCUUGGAAAAGUACGAGAGCGUGCAAUUUCCGUUUGAAGAAAGCAACAAGAUUCCUGAUAUUCGUCAGUUUUUCUUUGGGAGAUUUUCCGAUUUGACUGGAUUUGUGGAGUCUUUGUCGGCUUUUCAAAUAAUGAAGAAAACAGACAUAAGCAAAGCAGAAAAUUUCAUCAGUCGAUUUGGCUCACGGUUGCAUGAUUUAUUGGCAGUUCCAGACCAGCAAGAUUGCAAAAUGAUCAAACUUUACCGUGAUUUCUAUUGUAUCAUGUGUAGAAAAAAAUAAAUCUGUAUUGAGCA